GCCUGUGCGCGGAGCGGGGAUCCCAGCUGCCCGCGAGCUGGGAAGGUGCUGCGGCCCGUGACCGCGGGUGGCUCCUGCCUCUGGGAGGAAGGUCAGUGCGCGCGUCUGCCACGGAGCUAGUGCGGACGGAGCAGUGGCUGCUGCUCUCCGCGUCCCGCUGUCCGGCGCGACCUUACACACCGGCCUACGGCCUUAGACGCUUAGUGCUGCCGGAGCUCGCGCUGCUGUCGGGACACACACGGGCAGGAGGCGGAGAGUGAGCACUGCAGGAGCCCCUGUACGCAGCAGGGCCGGGGACGCUGGCGCCUGCGCUCUCCGAAACAGCCACUGAGCGAGCCUCCAGCCUGCCCCGCCACGGCCUGCCCGCGGGAGCCAAGUCUCCUGCCCGCCCGUUGUGUCCCGUUUAACUAGUGAUCUGAAUUGCUGCUUGUCUUAUAGACAUGAAUUACUCUCAUUUCAUCACUGCAGUAAGUGCAGCAAGAAAGGCAUCUCCAAUAAGACUUCUGACUGAAUUGAUGCAGAAGUCUCCCCCAUCACUAAUCUCCUUGGCUGGAGGGGCACCAAACCCCAACACUUUCCCAUUUAAGAUGGCCACUAUUACCACUGGAGAUGGAACUGCUGUGAAUAUUGGGGAGGAUUUGAUGAAGAGAGCCCUCCAGUACUCUGCCUCAGCAGGAAUUCCUGAGUUGUUGUCCUGGCUAAAGGAUUUACAGAAGAGUCUCCACAAUCCUCCCACUGCCAACUACAGUCCUGAUCAGGGCCAAAUGGAGAUAUGUGUCACCACCGGCAGCCAGGAAGGUUUAUCCAAAGUGUUUGAGAUGCUUAUUAACCCUGGAGACAACAUCCUUUUGGACACACCCACCUAUCCUGGGACUCUAGCAGCUCUAAGACCUUUGGGCUGCAACAUAAUCAAUGUUCCCAGUGACCAAUACGGUAUUAUUCCAAAAGCCCUGAAAGAAAUUCUUUCCAGAUGGAGCCCAGAAGAUGUCAGAAAGCACAACAACAGUCCCAAAUUCCUGUACACCAUUCCAAAUGGUGGCAAUCCCACUGGAACCUCAUUGACUACUGACCGCAAAAAGGAGAUAUAUCAGCUUGCAAGACAGUAUAAUUUCCUUGUAAUAGAAGAUGAUCCUUAUUAUUUUCUUCAGUUUGAUAAGCCUUGGGCUCCAACCUUCCUCUCAAUGGAUGUUGAUGGUCGAGUUAUCAGGACUGACUCUUUCUCUAAAAUUCUCUCCUCUGGGUUGAGAAUAGGCUUUUUAACUGGCCCCAAACCACUUAUUGACAGAGUUAUUCUGCAUAUACAAGUCUCAACAAUGCACACCAGCACUUUCACACAGCUUAUGAUUGCACAGCUUCUUCAGCAGUGGGGAGAAAAGGGUUUCCUGGAGCACGUAGACAGGGUAGUGGAGUUCUACAGGGCCCAGCGAGAUGCAAUGCUUGCUGCAGCAGACAAGUGGUUAAAAGGUCUGGCAGACUGGCAUGCUCCUGCUGCUGGCAUGUUUCUAUGGAUUAAAAUUAAGGGAGUUUCUGACACACAACAGCUGAUCAUGGAAAAAGCUUUGCAGAAAGAAGUAUUACUGGUUCCUGGGGGAGCAUUUAACAUUGAUAGCUCAGUUCCUAGUUCUUAUGUCAGAGCUUCUUUCUCUCUGUCUUCUCCAGCCCAGAUGGAUCAGGCUUUUCAGAGGCUGGCUGAGCUUAUAAAAGAAGCUGUAUGAAGAGAGCAAAUGAAAAUCAUCUAGCAAAUUAAAAGUCCCCUUCAAAAAAUCUGCACCUUUAUUAAAAGAGGAUUUCAUAAUGACAUUUAAGGAGCAAGCCACAAUACAGUGUAUAUUUCCUUGGUUGGUAUGAAUGCUUUGGGUAUUUAAAACAUGAAUAGAAGAUCGCCAAAAGACCUCAGAACAUGCCUUUUGAUAGGGAGUGCAGAAAGCUAUAGUUUAAUUAGAAAUUAUCUCGUUCAACCUAUUAACUCCUUUUUAUGACAGGCAAUAUCAUAUAAAAAGACUAUUAUUCCAAAUUGCAAUGCAGCUAUAGUAUAUGGUUAUGUGCACAGUAGCAAUAGUGUAGUUGAAGAGAUAAUUCCAUUCUAAACCACUCUUCAUUUUCCCAUAACGUCCUCAAAAUUGUGCUGAAUCUUCUCAGACCAGAACUUUUCCAAAAGUGAAUUUUAAAAGAAGGUUUGAACAAAUUCUAUUCAGUCAUUUUGAAUUAUUGGCGGAGGGAAUAGCUUUUCUACUUAGCAAAUAAAUCAACUUUUGAAAUAACUCAGGGAUGAACUACAUAACUUUUGACUUGACAUGAGACAUGUGUGACAACUGCAGUCCUUGCUAAAUUUGGCUGGGAAAGGACUUAAUUUUUAAAAAUGGUAUACUUGGUAUGUACAGUAAAUUAUCUUCUUACUUCAACUACACUACUGCUAUUGUGCACAUAACCAUAUACUAUACAUAUGCUAUUUUUAGGUGCACAUUUCAAACUGUGGAAAAACUGUAUUGAUCAGAAAGUGUUUCACUCAGAAUCCUCUUAACCCAACCCUUCCUGAACCCUAAAAUCAUAUUGCACCAGCAAAUUAACUAAUGUUUGGUCAGAGUAAAUUGACUUAGGCACUUUUGAAAACUUAAACCUGAGCAAAUGCAAUUAGACUCUGGUUACAAAUAAAAGGAAAUUAGUUUGCACUCUUUGCCAUGGGACAGUUUAAUUUGAUCUGAAUCACUUGAGCAAUGUUUUUGCUGACAUAAGUGGUAGUGUAGACAUGGCUUUAGACCAGGGGUGGGCAAACAUCUA